UUCUGCCGUUCGUCUCGGCCUCUCCGCCGCUGUCUGGGUCCUGAACGCGAGGCGGGAGUCUCCUGCGGCACCCCCUUCCAUCGCAGUGGGAGUUCCCGCGCAUCCUGGAAGAGAGGACCCGGCCACUUCCGCCUACCGGGACCGGACCGCAGCAGCCACCAUGGUAGGGUGGGGGGCGCCGGGCGCUGCCGAGCCGGGUCGGGAGUGGACCGCCACGCUGCGCCCGUACCUGAACGCGGUGCGCGCCACGCUGCAGGCCGCGCUGUGCCUGGAGAACUUCUCCUCGCAGGUGGUGGAGCGACACAACAAACCUGAGUGGAAGGUCAGAAGCAGCAAAGAGCUGCUGUUGCAGCCGGUGAUCAUCAGCAGGAAUGAGAAGGAGAAGGUCCUCAUCGAGGGCUCCAUUAACUCUGUGCGUGUCAGCAUCGCAGUGAAGCAGGCUGACGAGAUUGAGAAUUUAUGCCACAAAUUCAUGCGCUUCAUGAUGAUGAGGGCUGACUUCUUCAUCCUGCGCAGGAAGCCUGUGGAGGUGAGGUGGUGGAGAGGGGCAGAGCAGCUUCACACUCUGUUCUUGGCAAUGGAAGGGUCUCCAGUGCUGGACUGGGGUGUGAGAUCAUGUGGCUGGUGGUGUGGGAGCUCAUCCGGCAAGCAGCACCUGCCACUCCUGGCCACCAUGGUGGCCACCAUCCCUUGCUCAACUUCUGAGCGGCUCAGGAGGGCCAAGCUGCAUGUGAAGAGGGCCAUCGAGUCUCACCUGGUGCAGGACCAGGUGCCAUACUUCAUCUGGACCAACCACUGCAGCGCCGUCAAUGUGCGGCUGUUGCGGCUGGACCAGGGUGCUGAACCACUACACCCGGGUAGACGCUUUUGCCACCAAGCUGACCCUGACACCUUCUUCCCUCGGUGCUACCGGCUGGGGGAUGCAGAGGAGCGGCAAGCCUUCAUUGGGGUCCCACCAUCACUGUGUACCCCAGGCAUAGUCUGCACAGACCGGCUGGAGGAGGUGCUGCGGCUGGCAGGCGGCCCUUCGGCGCAGGCAAGCAAGUGGGUGGUGCAGAAGUACGUGGAGCGGCCGCUGCUCGUCUUUGGCACCAAGUUUGACGUUCGGCAGUGGUUCCUGGUGACCGACUGGAACCCGCUGACCGUCUGGUUCUACCGAGACAGCUACCUGCGCUUCUGCUCCCGACCCUUCUCCCUGCACUGCCUCGAACCCUCUGGGCACCUCUGCAACGUCUCCAUCCAGAAGUGGUUCAGAACAGCACAGGGCCAGCAGCACCCACAGAUACCCCCUGACCUGAUCUGGUCCUGCCACCAGUUCCAGUCUUACCUGGAAGAGGUGGGGCAGGCAGGUGCCUGGCAUGAGGUGAUGGUGCCUGGCAUGAAAGUAGCAGUGGUGGGUGUCCUGCGCAGCACCCAGCACCUGGUGGGGGCCCGCAAGAGCAGCUUUGAGCUUUACGGGGCUGACUUUCUCUUUGGAGAGGAUUACCAGCCCUGGCUGCUGGAGAUAAAUACCAGCCCCACCAUGGCCCCCUCCUCAGUGGUGACCAGCCAACUGUGUGCCAGAGUCCAGGCGGACACACUGCGCGUGGUCAUCGACCGCAAGAACGACCCUGCCUGCCUCCCCGGUGCCUUCGAGCUCAUCUACAAGGAGGCAGCUGUGCCCAUGCCCCUGUCUGUGAGGCUGAAGCUGACAGUGGAAGGCCACUUCCCUGAGGAAGCGUCAGCUGGCUCAGGAGCGAUCCCAGGGCAAGCUCCCCAGUGCUGUCCCCACUGUCCUCCUGCCACCUUGGUGUCUGUUCUACCACCCCCAAAAGAGCCUGGAAGCCCCACAGGCAUGCCUGCCAUCCUCUGCCAGGGUGCUGCACCUACCUGGGCUGGCACCCUGCCACCUAGAAUCCCAGGGCAGCUGAGCCCCAUUGCAGGAAGGAGGGCACAUGGCAGCGCCCAGGCAUACACAUAA